UAUCCAUGUCUUACUUUACUAAUAUCAACAACUGUUUAAUUUAUUUGUAGGGGAAAUUUGGCAGAAACUCUUUUCAGUAUCCUGAUCCUUGUAUAUUUUUCCAUGAUUCACGUAAAAAUAACAAACUGCCAUUAAAAUUUAAAAAAGGCUAAAUAUUUAUUACUUCAAGUAAAAAUAGACUGAGAAUUUAAUUUAGAAGACUCAGAGUUUGAAAUUCUGCGUAAUGACGCCCGGAUUAAAAAAAAUAAUAAUGAAUGUCUAUUACAAUGGAUUGAUAUGUGUAGUGAUGGUUUUUUAUAUUGUUUAUAUAUUUUACUCCAUCAUUUUAUGGCGGUAAUUGUUCUUGCAUGGCCUUUUGUAAUGUUUAAAACAAAUUACUUCACAAUGUGUCAAUUCACUUGCAGUAUGUUCACCAUUAUCAAGCGACGCUUACGCAAUUUAGGCGACGGGCUCGAUAUGAUUGCAAGUAAUAAAGUAAAAAGUGAAUUAAUUAAAUCAAUCGCUGUUUGUGUGAAAAUGCAUCAAGAAGCGCUUGAAUUUGUUUCGCUUUUAGAAGAUAAUUAUAGUUUUUUUCUACUGUUAGUGCUCACUGUAAAUGCCAUAGGCUUGAGUACUAUAGGUUUUCGAUUUGUAGCGAUGGCUCAAAGCAUGGAAGACAACAUACAGUGCUGUGCAUUUCUUUUUGGUCAAGUACUGUAUAUUUAUUACUUAAGUUCUUUUGACCAAAAGUUGAUGGACCACAGCGCAUAUCUUUUUGAGUCAAUAUGUGCCGCUAAAACGUACAAUUUUCCUCCUGAAAUGAAACCGAUGGUGGUUUUAUUGAUGAUGAGAAGUAAUAUAGUUUGCAGACUCUCAGCUGGAAAACUUUUUUUCAUGACUCUGGAAAAUUUUGCUAAUGUCAUGAAGACAUCCUUCUCAUAUUGUACAAUCCUUUUGUCACUGCAAUAAUCCAUUGAUAAUUAUAGUAACAAUAGCUGUCACUACUCUUAAUUAAUAGUAUUCAAAAUAGAUAUAUUCAUGUAAGCGCACAAAUCAAAUAUAACCUGGAUCAUUUAAAAAUGACUU